AUGCGCGCAACUGAGGUGGUGCAUCCGGUGAACGGGACGACGAUGACAGCGCCGUCACUGAAGAACAUUUUCGUGCUAUACUCGCUAAUGGGCGAGGAAUUGGAGCCCGUACAGGAAAGCAAACCGCAGCGCGGACCCGACACCAACUGGAACGCCUUCGUUCUGCCGCUACCGUCCGCAGGUGGUCGAGUGCGGCUUGCAGAUGUGCAGAAGGCGUUCCCUCUAGGCAGCAACUAUCAUUUCGCCUUCCGCUGUGAGGAUGGUGCCUACUUGGACUUAACAAAUCCGGAUUCGGCUGUUCCGUUCUGCGGCCGCAAGAUCCUGGCUCGCAUCACGCCUUUGGACGAGGAAAUAAGUGUCGAGUAUCUACACUACGAGGAGUCUCGAGAAGCGUUCGCACUGAUAGCUAUGGAAGUAGCACGACAGAACGUCGUCAUCGCGACGAUUAUGAGGAGUUCGAGUCGACGACGUACGAGUCCCAAGAUGAAGAACCACCAGCAUCAGUUGCACGCUCGCAAUCACGUGAUAAAAUGCGGAAGGAUCAGACGGGAAAUGAAUGGAACCGCGAUAACUACGAGAACGGCGGCACUGAAUACCAGAACGUGGGUGAUGACAAUCGCGGCUCGCAGUUUGGUCGUGAUGAUCGAUAUGACUCGAGUGGCUCUCGUCAAUCAUCAGAAUGGACUGAGGCAGGCAAAGACGCACAGGCUUAUUUGCGGAAACAAACGGAGCAAGCAUACGAUUUUGCCAAGAAGAUUUCUAUUGAGGAUGCCAAGAAAGGUGCGUCAGAGACAGCCAAGAAGGCGAAGAAAUGGGAGUGAAACCAUCCAAGUUGGCGGUGUCACCGUGCAAGUCGUGCGGCUACUCGCCGAAGGGGCCUAUGCUCAAGUGCUUUUGGUUCGGUCAUCUGCCACCAACGAAACUUUUGCGCUAAAACGAAUCCUCUGCCAGUCCCAAGAGGUUGAAAAUGACGUGCAGAUGGAGCUUCAAGUCUUCCGGUCUGUCAAGCACCUAAAUAUCAUGCCACUUGUAGAGUUUUCUGAAGCACGGGUUCAGCAAGGAAUGGAGUUUUACUUUUUGGUCCCGUACUUUGAGCGCGGAAGUUUGUGGGAUGCGAUUGACGCCGCGUGCCAGUCGUCGUCACCUCUGUGGCCGUUUACGCAGCGCACUGCACUGCAUCUCUUCCACGGUAUUUGCGCGGGCGUGCUUGCACUCCAUCGUGCAGGCUUUUGCCACAGAGAUAUCAAACCACACAACAUUCUGCUCUCCUCGUCCUCCACCGGGGAAGAUUUCCUUGCCUACAUCCCGGUGGUAACAGACUUUGGUAGCUGUGCCCCCAUUCGUGUCGAAGUCAACUCACGUCGGAAUUCACUCGAGCUGCAAGAUGAAGCAAACCGAAAAAGCUCCGCUCCGUAUCGGGCUCCAGAACUCUUCGAGCCAACAGUUGACGUAGCGCUGGAUGGUCAAUCGGACGUGUGGUCUCUUGGUUGCGUAUUAUACACGAUGGCAUUUGGAACCAGUCCAUUUGAGCACCCGCGAGAGGGCUUUAUGAAGCUGGCUUGCUUGAACGGCCGAGUGUCGUUCCCACCAGAACAAGGCGGCGUUGUGCUCCAUCGCGGGACUCAGUUUACGAUCGAGUUCUGCGACUUUAUCCGGGACAUGCUACACACAAACCCCGAGGAGCGGCCUUCAGUUUUGGACGCGCUCGAGUUCACUGAAGAGCUCCUCAAUGACGAAAUGCAGCGGUAA